CCACAAACCACGCCCCAAGCUAACAACAGAAUGGGUGAGUCAUGCCCUCUAGUGUCCACUUAUACGGUAUGUAUAUUUUAUUAUUUUUAACACGAAAACACAACUUUAAAAGUUAUUGGUUGGUUGAGGAGCAUUACAGUUAAAAUAGUUUGUAUUCAUGCGUUAAUUAAAAGCGUCUACUGCACCUGCUGUGAUGUCAACAAGGGUGGUGUGGACAAUACUGCAUAUUAUAUCAAUCCCAUACUGAUAUUUUACAUACCGAGAUCAUGUUUUAACACAACGCGUGACAAAACCGUGUAUUUUCAACAAACUGUUACUGUUAUUGAAUAUAAAUCACUUAACGUCACUGGCACUGAUAUCGACACUAUCGACGUUUGUCUCGAUCCGCCAAGCCGACUAAAACUACUUCCGCAUUGCAUACGUCACUAUUGGCUCCUCCGUGGAGCCUGCUAGCACAUGUUAGCUUUGGUCAGAGAUGUCUUCCUCAGCAAACAACGCCUCCGGAGGCAUUCACGGUUUCCUCCUGAAGCUUCAUGAAUCCUUGGCAGACGAAGAUAGCCGGCGUUCGUCUUUGGAAUGUCAGGACUUGGUUGGGAAGUUGGGGGAGACGUGCAUGCUGACACCAGCCGACAAUGAACUUGCUCUGCAGACAUCGUUGCUGUUUUCUAAAGACUACGGUCUCCUCAGCUUCCUGAAGAAGUCUUUGACACACGAUGAGUUCCGGGAUGCCAGACUUAAGACUUUGUGUGUUCUGGAGAACUUUAUGGAAAAGCUCUCUCCAAGAGUCCAAGGUUGGGAGAAGACCUACGCCAUAGACAUCAAAAACACAUGCAUGACUGUAUACGCAAAGGAUAAAACAGCCAAAUGUAGGACUGCUGUACUACAGCUGCUUAUUAAGGUUCUCCUUAAAACAAAAGUGUCUACUGUGGCAGCAGAGUUGGGGAUUAGUGAAAUAUUCACUAGAUUUUACAGUGAACUUUGUCAAAAAAGCAAACUUCCUGAUUCAGUUCUCGGUACUAUCUAUGAAUUGCUGGGAGUGGUUGCAGAGGUUCACCCCAGCGAGAUGGUCAACAACUCUGACAAACUCUACAGAGCCUAUCGAGGGGAACUCAAAGAACAGAUGACUUCCACAACAAAGGAGCCCAAACUGAUGGUCGUUGCUGGCUGUUUGAGAGGAAUCACUGCUCUCAUGGUCAACUUCACCAAAACGAUGGAGGAAGACCCAGCCACAUCCAAGGAAAUCUUUCAAUAUACAUUUAAGGCAAUUAAUCCUAAGGUGGAAAUGAAUCGCUAUGCUAUCACUUUUGCGGGGCUAAGAUUGUUCGCCAGGCACGCAUCCCAGUUCAGCAGCUGCCUCCUGGACUACUACAGAGAGUUGUUUGACGCCAUGUCCAAGCUCUGUGGUCACAUCAACAACGAGAUGAAAAAGACCAGCUACUACGCACUCGAAUCCUUCCUCAAACAGGUGUCCAUGCUCGUGGCGGAAAAUAUUGAGGAGCACAAGAGCAAGUUGAAGUUCUUCAUGCAAAAGUUCUGCAACAUCAUUAAGACCAUGGAGUCGACCCACAAGGAACUAUCCAUUGCCAUCCGAGGAUAUGGAUUCUUCGCAGCUCCGUGCAAGAAAGUUUGCCCUCAAGAUGUGGACUUGAUGUACACCGAGCUGAUUCAGCGAUGUAAACAGAUGUACCUCACCGAAUCCGACGGGGAGGACGAAAGCUUCUACCAGUUGCCCAGCUUCCUGGAUUCUAUAGCGAGCGUACUCAUUCACCUGGACAAGGUUCCAGAAGUGUAUACUCCGCUCCUGGAGCGUCUCCUUGUGGUGCAGAUUGACAGCUUCCCUCUUUAUAGCGACAAAAUGCAGAUGGCUUGCAGCAGGUCCAUCAUCAAGGUGCUGGUGGCCAUGGCAUCUAAAGGCCCCGUUCUGUGGAGUUUCAUUAGUUCCGUGGUGCAUCAAGGAUUGAUCCGGGUUUGUUCGAAACCCCUAGUGAUUGCUGAGGGUAAAGAUGUUGACACUAAUUCCUCCGAGUCAUCAGAGGUUCUUGUUGGGAAGUGGAAGGUUCCCUCCAGCAAGAACUACCUCGCCCUCUACAGAAGCCUGCUAGACUGCGAUCAGUUGAAGGAUUCAGGCUUUUUGGACAAUGCUUUUGAAAGCCAAAACGCGGACCUUUUGUCGUUGAGUCACAUUCUUUAUGACGAGUUGGUCAAAUCGCUCCUUCGGAUCAUGGAGAAAUUGGACUUGACGGUGCAAAAAGUAACACCAGGAGAGGAGGUUGCUGAUGAUGUGGCGCAUGUUGUGCCCUCUUCUGACCCUACUGCUCAUCUUUUGCCCAAUAAGAUGAAAGACUUCACUGCCUUUAUAAAUUUGGUUGACUUCUGCAGUGAGCUGUUGCUUUAUAAGCAUGUGGAAUAUUUCCACACUUGGAUGUACCCCUUCAGCCACGAGCUUAUCCUCCACUCCAUCCGAAACCCUCUUGUCAGUGGUUUUUACAAGCUGCUCUCUGUCACCAUGAAAAUUGCCAAGAAAGUCAAAUACUAUCAGGGAGUUGGUCUGACAGGCGCUGCUUCCUCCCAAAGUGAUGCUAAGAAAAGUGCUUGUUUUGCGUUAUUCUCCAAGUUCGGAAAAGAGGUCUGUGUGAGGAUGAAGCAGUACAAAGAUGAGCUGCUGGCUUCCUGCUUGACGUUUGUGCUCUCGCUGCACCACAACAUUGUUGCCGUGGACAUCAAGGUGUACUGUCCCGCUCUGGAGACAGCCCUGAGGUUGGGUCUUAGCCACGUCCCUUUGGCUAAUGCAGCCCUCGAUGCUCUUGAGGACUGGUCCAACCACAUCCCGUCGGAGACCAUGCAGCCUUGUUACAAGCUGGUGCUGCCUCUUCUGGACGGAUACCUCAAAACCAACUCCAGUGACAACAAAGAGGACAGCGUCUGGGAGGUGAUGUCCUCCUUGUCCACAAAAAGCGAGAAAGGAUACAGCAGAGUGAUGACCAGGCUCCUGAAGAAGUCCAACCAGCUUUCCAUGGAGGAGGCUCCACUUUCCAUGGUGAGGCUCAGGGUGGUCAAGUUGUUGGGUCGCUUGGGAGGGAAGCUCAACAGAAACCUGAUAGCAGUGGUCUCAUCAGAGGAGACGAUGAAGAAGUUUGUCGCCUGGGAUACGGAGAAAAGACUCAGCUUUCCUGUUCCGUUUGCCGACAUGAAGCCCGUUAUCUAUCUGGACCCUUUCCUGCCUCGGAUCAGCGAACUGGCUCUUUCCACAAGUGACAGACAAACCAAAGUAGCGGCUUGUGAGCUGCUUCACAGCUUGGUGCUCUACAUGGUUGGGAAGAGCGCUCAGAUGGUGGAGGGAGAGAAUCGACUACCGCCGAUGUACAAGCUGCACAAGAGACUCUUUCCUGUGCUGCUGCGUCUGGCCUGCGAUGUUGAUCAGGUAACCAGGCAGCUUUUUGAACCGCUAGUAAUGCAGCUGAUCCACUGGUUUACCAACAACAAGAAGUUUGAGAGCCAAGAUACGGUCGCUGUUCUCGAAGCCAUUCUGGACGGAGUCGUGGACCCAAAGGACAGCACUCUCAGGGACUUUUGCGGCCGCUGCAUGGAAGAGUUUGUGAAAUGGUCGAUAAAGCAAACCAGCCCCAAGCAGCAAGAGAAGAGCCCCACCAACAUGAAGUCGCUGUUCAAGCGCAUCUACAACCUGGCUCUGCACCCCAACGGCUUCAAAAGGCUGGGGGCCGCUUUGGCCUUCAACAGCAUCUACAGGCAGUUCAGGGAGGAAAGUUCCUUGGUGGAGCAGUUUGUCUUCGAGGUGCUCGUCUUAUUCGUCGAAAGUCUCGCUCUUGCACACUCGGAUGAGCGAUCCAUGGGAACGCUGCAGCAGUGCAACGGCGCCAUCGACCACCUGAAACGCAUCAUCAAGCACAAGGCCCCCGUUCUCAAUCAGCACAGUGCCAAGCGACGCAUCCCAAGGUUGGUUCCAUCGGGGUUUCCAGCUGAUGAAAAGCUGUGUCUGUCAGACGUGGUUUUAUGGCUUCUGGAGCAAUGCGGUCGACCUCAGACGGAAUGUCGCCACAAAUGCUUGGAGCUCUUCUACGAGUUUGUGCCUCUCCUCCCAGGAAAGAGGUCGCCCCCACAAUGGUUGGAGGGCAUGCUACAGGAUCGAGGUAUGGGCUUCCUGGUCUCCAAGUUUGAGGGAGGAGGACUGCUUUCCCAACCUACUCUGAAGGACCUGGUGGGCCCUUUCAGUACACGAGCCACCCUGCACUGGAUGGAUCUUCUCCUGGCCGCCCUGGACUGCUACAACACCUUCAUUGGCUUGCAUAUAAUCAGGCCUCAUCACAUGCUUGGUACCCGAGAUGAAUCGAGUUUUCUCCGAUCUGUACGUUUCUUUUUGACUGAGCUUGCAACUCGAGAGCUCUCGGCGGCAGAGAGUUGCUUCCGUCUUGGCCAGAAGAACUCCCCCUUCAGUCCAAUCGAGGUGGAUCAGUACAACUACAGUAAAUGCACCAUCAUUGUCCGUCUGCUGGAGUUUGCCACAAUGGUUCUCGUCAAAGGAGGCCAGGACUUUUGCAAGCUUUUGGAGCAAGAUAUUUUUUGCUCCAAUUUAUUUGAGCUCACCGCAAUGGUGGUGUGCAAGCCGUCCUCCGUGGGCUUCAACAUGGCGGAUGUGGAGGUAAUAAAGAACCUUCCGGACGUAUGCGUCCCUCUCCUCAAGGCCCUGCUGACGUCACCUUAUCGCGCUAGUCUGGAGUCUUGCUUGAAGGCAAGAAUUUCACAUAAAAGUGUUGAUGCUCUUUGUGCUGUCGACUUCUACCGACCCGGACACCACGGCCAGCUGGAAAUGCUUCUGUCUUCUUGUAAGCAAAUCCACAAAGCUGGACUUCUUCUCUCCAUUCUGCAGAGUCAGAAGGAUGCAUCGUAUGCCAAAUCACUUGGAUCCCGACUUCUCAUGACUGUGUAUAAUGGCGUAGCACCCGCUGACAGGAAGUCACUUCCAUCCUUGGAUAUAAAUACCAGGAAGCUCGCUGAGGGACUGCUUCAGCUUGCCUUUUCUCUCACUCCACUGGGUGAGCAGCUACUGGACUUACUCCUAACUGGAAGUCACUGCCAAAGCUUCUUGAGCUUCUCCCACUCGGAGUACUUCUACAGCCUCUUCCCGACGGCCAUUAACGGCGAGCUGCUUCAAAACCUGAACACCACCGUACCACGUCUCAUGGUCGCCUCCUCGUUAAACCCCAGCAUGGUCAGUGUGUUGCUGAAUGGGAUCCUGGACCACAGUUUUCGAGAGCGCUCAUUCCGGAAAACUCAGGGAAAACAGCUCGUGGAAGAGGUGCUCCGAAGAUGGGAUAGCAUGCAGUCAUGGUGGAGUGGACACGCGUCAAACGUCGACAGCAAAACUGCAACGCUGCUGUUGCUCUCUAAGCUGCUACAGCUUGACUCAUCUGUGUGCUCCGACGUCAAUCAUGAGGGGUUCAAACCGGUGUUUUCCACUUUCACUUUGCUGCUUGUCGACAUGAGCCUACCGCUGAACCUGAAGAGUCAAGCCUUGCUGGUGUUGCCCUUCUUCACUUUCAUCCCCGAGGAGCCCCUGGCAGAGCUGCAGAGAGCGCUUGAAUCGCUGGUGGCCUCCCACUUUCCUAUGCAGUCCGAUGAAUUUGCAAAGGGCUCGCUUCACCGCAACAACUACAUGGACUGUAUCAGGAGGUUGCUGGAUGCCUUGGAGCUUUCCCAGAGUCCGCUUCUGCUCAAAAUUCUGGCUGGGAUUUUGUGUCGAGACAGAAAGCACAUCAUGGAGGAACAAUUUCAAACCUGCUUCCAAAGAAUUUCCAAACGGUCAAGCAUUGAUCGACAGCUCCAACUGCUGUGUACGGCUUAUCAGGCGAUCCAGCAGGGUGACGUGCCAAGGAGCUGCGUCCUUCAGGCCAUGAUGGAGAGAGUUCUGCUGCCUCUCGCCUCCCACUGUAGCACCAAGACCCUCAUUGACUUCUUUGUGGCAAAUGUUACCCAGAUAAUGGCAUCGCUACUGAGUCGUUUCACCAAGUCGAGUGAAUCAUCAUUUGAGAUGCAGUUGACGAAGAAGAACGGCUACUGCAAGCUAAUGGAGCUCCUAUACUCCCGGCUUCCCAAAGAGGACGUUUAUUCUAAGGAAUCUCCCAUCAAUACGGCUUAUUGUUGUUCGGACAAGACGGAGGGGAAUGAGCUGUCAAAGGCGUUGAUCAAGUUCUGUUUUGAAGCAUUUACCGAGAACAUGACUGGCGAGACUCAGCUCCUCGAGCUCAGGAGACAGUACCACUGCGCCGCGUACAACUGCGCCAUCGCCGUCAUCAGCUGCAGCUUCAAUGAGCCCAAAUUCUAUCAUGGCUUCCUCUUCAGUGACAAACCAGAGAAGAACCAGUUCAUUUUGGAAAAUAUCAUUGACAUUGAAAGGACCUACAGCUUUCCAGUUGUCAUUGAGGUUCCUCUUGAGAGAAAGAAAAAGUAUUCUAUGAUUCGUCAAGAAGUGAGCGAUGAGAGCGGAGAGGCACCCGUAUAUUUGUCCUCUCAGUCUUACAUGGCCGACAGCAGUCUGAGUGAGGAGAUGAGUCAGUUCGAUUUCUCCACUGGCGUUCAAAGCUUCUCCUACAGCUCCCAGAAACCUGACGGGGCGAGACGCACCGUAACAAAGACGCAGACAGACGAGUCCGCUUCCUCGCUCGAUGUGACAGUGGACCUGGAAAUGGAUGAGUUAAAUCAGCACGAGUGCAUGGCAACCAUGACGGCUCUCAUUGGUCACAUGCAAAGGAGCAAGAUAACUCCCAGAAUUGAACAGGGCAACGUGCCGAGUGACCUUCCUCCUUGGAUGAAAUUCCUUCAUGGGAAACUGAUGAAUCCAGCCACACCCUUGAACAUCAGACUCUUCAUUUCAAAACUGAUCAUCAACACAGAGGAGGUCUUCCGUCCGUAUGCCAAGCACUGGCUGGGGCCAUUGCUGCAGCUGGUGUGUGGGCGCAAUGGAGGAGAGGGGAUUCAUUUUAUGGUGGUGGAUAUUGUUGUCACGGUGCUCUCUUGGACAAGCCUGGCAAGACCUAAGGGGAACCCCAGAGAUGAAGUACUUGCCAACCGACUGUUAGAGUUUCUGAUGAAACACAGCUUUCACUCCAAGAGGUCCGUGUUUCGCCACAAUCUGGAGAUCAUUCGCACUCUUGUGGAGUGUUGGAAAGACUCUCUACAUGUGCCACACAGUGUAAUAUACGAGCGCUUCUGUGGCACGGACCCGAACAGUAAAGACAACUCUGUGGGACUUCAGCUCCUCGGAAUCAUCCUGGCCAACAACCUCCCUGCUUAUGAUGCCUCUUGUGGGAUUGAGUAUGGCAGAUACAUCCAGUCUCUCACCAACAACCUCACCUUUGUACGCUAUAAAGACGUCUACUCGGCUGCUGCUGAGAUUAUCGGCCUCAUCCUGAAGAACAUGACUGAAAACGAUAACCAUCAGCAAGAACUUCUCAGUCUUGCUGCAAGUCAGAUAACCAAUCUGAGGAAAAAAGACAUGAACGACAAGUUCGUCAUCUGCGUGAACAAAGUGUCAAAGCACUUUCCUCCUUUUAUGGACAGGUUUGUCAAUCACGUGUUCUACCAACUCCCAAAGUUGCACGGCAUCUUAAAAGUCAACUGUCUGGAAUGUGUGCUGAGUCGAGCCGAUGUCAUCCCAGACAUUUUUUUGCAGCUCAAAACCACAGCCUUCAUUCAGAUGAUGGGCCAUAAGGAUGAAGUCGUACAAAGAGUGUGUCUGGACAUCGUCCACAAAAUCCUUGCACGCCUCACUCCGCCGCAGCUGCAGGAGUUCCUUGGAACUGUGACGUCUUUUGUCACACACCCUUCACCGGUGUGCCGAGAGAGGAUGUAUGACAUCCUCAUGUGGGUCCAGGACAACUACAGUGAUGAUGAAAGCAUGACAGACGCCACCUCACUUGAAGUUUUGAAUACAGCUAAAGAGACGCUACUGCAAGGAUUGACUGAAGACAACCAAGGCCUCCAGUUGUAUGUUCGUAAUUUCUGGAGCCAAGAGAAGCGCCUUCCAACUGCGACGCUGGAGCGAAUGUUGACCGUGCUGCAUUCACUGUACACCUGUAAAAUUGAGAAGUGUUUCUUGAGCCUGGCAACCAAUCUUCUGUUGGAAAUGACCAGUCAGAGUCCCGAUUUCAAACGAAACCUGUUUGAGUAUCCUCUGUCGGAGUGCACCUUUCAGGAUUAUUUAAUUGAUUCCAACUGGCGCUUCAGGAAUACAGUGAUGACUCCGAUGUUCGUUGAAACCCAAAUGUCUCAACUCCCUGAGAGUGUGGCGCCAUCCCAGUCAGGGGCCGUGAGCGGGAAGCUGCGAGCUACUCAGACCACACUUGAGUUCACCCAAACCCAAGCACCAGGUCGACGCUCGGCAUACAACUGGCUGACUGGCAGCACUGUGGACACCCUGGCCGACUACACGGUGUCUGAUUCCUCGUCACUGUUGGUGUUUGACAAGAAAGCAGCGAGGCCAAGUUCAGCACGACGACCAGUGGGUGAAGGCUUUGGUCGACGGCGCCUCACUGCAUCAACGGACGAAAUGGACAGUAAAACCAGAGAUGACAAUGAGAAACGGCAAAAAAUCCUUCAAUUAAGACGGCGAUUUCUUAAGGACCAGGAGGAGAGCCUGAUUUUUGCACAAAAGGAGGUCCAAAAACAAAAACGACUCAAGGAGCAAAAAGCCGAUCAGAGGCUACGAAAGGAGGCUCAGGUGACUCUGUAUCGGAACUACAGAUUGGGAGACUUUCCAGAUAUCCAAAUCCCUUGCAGUAAUCUCAUUGCCCCCCUUCAAGCGGUUGCACAGAGGGAUCCGAUUCUGGCCAAACAGUUGUUCAGCGCCCUAUUCAGCGGCAUCCUUCACGAAAUGGAAACGCAUAAAACCAGACAAGAGGCAGCAGAAAUAAAAGAGAACCUUCGAUGCACCAUGAACCAAUUCCUGGCCAAGAGUACACUCUGCUUCCCACCAUUUAUUGCAUGUGUGCAGGACAUGUGCUACCAGCAUCGAGACCUUCUUCACAUCGAUCCAGCACACAUCAGCUCCACCAGCUGUGCGAGUCUCCAGCAGCCGUCGGGCAUCCUGCUGUUGGAAGAAGGUUUGCAGCAUCUUAGCAUCCAGGAUGAACCUCCUGCCAAAAGGUCUAAAGGGCGCAAAGAAAUCCCCCCGGACACCAACAAAUGGGUGCACCUUGCAAGGCUUUACAGGGAUUUGGAGGAUUACGAUGUUGUUCGUGGCAUCUUUGCUGGUAAAGUUGGAACCAAGUCCGUCACCUGUGCCGCACUACAAGCCGAAGCCAGCACCGACUUUGCUGAAGCCGCUAAACUCUACAAUGAGGCGCUUAACACAAAAGACUGGACUGACGGCGAGCCCACCGGGUCUGAGAAGGACUUCUGGGAAAUAGCUGCAAUGGAAGCCUACAGCCAUAUGAAUGACUGGAAAUCUGUGCAGUACUGCUCCACGGUCAACAUUGAUGAAAAUACCCCACCCGACCUUCAAAACGUGUGGCUGGAACCCCUCUACCAGGACAUGUACCUGCCGCACAUGAUCCGAAGCAUGCUCAAGCAGCUUCAGCUGGGUGACAGGAACCAAAGUCUUCUCAGCUUCAUCGACCAAGCCAUGAGGGUGGAAGAGCGCAAAAAGCUGCUGGAGAGUCACUACAGCCAGGAGCUCAGCUUACUCUACAUCCUGCAGGAGGACUACGACCGCGCUAAAUACUACACCAACUCCGCCAUGCAGCUCUUCAUGGAGAGUUACUCAAGCGUGGAUACGUUACUUUCGCAAAGCCGUCUAACCAUCCUGCAGUCGGUGCAGGCCUUGACGGAAAUCCAGGACUUCCUGCACUUCAUCAGAGGAGAAGUGUCCUUGAAAUCCCUCAAGCGGCUCGUCAGUUUAUGGACCGAGCGAUAUCCUGAUACUAAAGUGGAUCCGAUGAACGUGUGGGAUGAUAUCAUUACUUCACGAUGUUUCUUCCUGGACAAAAUCCGAGAAAAGCUCCAAAGUCACGGAGACGCCGAUUCCAUGGAUGUGGAUGGCUCUGAAGACCAUACAGCGGACCUGGACACGCUAGUAAACAACUGCAAGUUCAGCAUGAAGUUACACAUGGCUGAUAGCGCGAGGAAGCAGAAUAACUUCUCCGUUGCCACCAAGCUGCUGAAGGACCUUCAGAGAGACGCCAAAACAAAGAGACGGUGGCUCCAGGAGUGGGUCCACGCUUUCAGCCGGUUCAGCCAUAAACGCAGCCAAUCCCAGGGCCCGUUGGAGCAACUCAGUGUCAUGUUGAAGACCGUUCCACUUCUGGAGGACCUCCAACCCGACUGCCAAAACGCAACAUCUGAGGUGUACAGACACCAGAAGAUCCUCCAAGGAACGUCUUUCCAAGUCAUGGCCGCGGCCGUCGGCAAAAGCCCCUCCGUUUUGGAAACCAUUGAAGCUGACAAAGCGGAAAAAGUCGUUCAACUUUCAAGAAGCGCUUGGCCCGUUCAAGAUAUGAAGGAGGUCGAAACGGGGUUACAGAUGCGAGCACUGGCGUUACUUUGCGACGGCUCCAGAAAAGCCGAUGAAGAGCUGGAGACUACGGAACGGCAACAUGUGGACACGGGUAGCAUUAUUGAAACGUACAUGUCUUUAGCCGAUUUCUGUGACAAACUGCUGCGACAGGCGGAUCAGGGGGACACCAGAAGUGAGUUCCCAGACCUUUUGGCACUGCCAGUGCAUGUAGUGGGGAGCAUGUUAAAAGCACUGAAAAUGAACUCUGAGGACGCCCGUUUGAAGUUCCCUCGUCUGCUACAAAUCAUCGAGUUGUUCCCCUCGGAGACGCUGGACCUCAUGACAAAGGAGCUGACGUCGGUCCCCUGUUGGAUGCUGAUUGGUUGGAUCAGUCAGAUGGUGGCCCUUUUGGACAAGCCUGAAGCUGUGGCCGUGCAGCAUUGUGUGGAGCAGAUCGCCCAAUGUUACCCCCAAGCUCUGGUUUACGCUUUAAUGAUCAGCAGCGAGAGUUUUCACUUUGAGGACUCGGCGACGGGAUUUCGGCAGCAAGAGUUUGUCAACAGGAUCAUGAGCAUGUUGGAUAAAGGAGGAGCCGUGAAGAACUUUGUGGAUGCGCUGCAGCAGCUUACAAAUCCUGAUAUGAUUUUUAGGGAUUGGUGGGAAAAUGUAAAAAACGAAAUGGAAAAACCAGACUUGGACAAGGAGAAAAUGAAGAACUUGUACAACGAGAUGCAUUCUUCGCUCGGGGAUUGCAAAAAAGACGGACAUGGGACAUUUCGCAAGAAAUUUAUCCAAAAAUUUGCCAAAGAUGUGCAAAGUUUACUGGGAGAUAAAGGCACCAAGCUGUUUGAGAAAAGGAAAGACAAGAACUUUCUACGCAAGGUGGAUGACCUAGCUAGGUCCAUGCAGGGGUACCAGAAGGAACCCGGCAACCUGAAGGAGUACUCACCAUGGCUGAGUGCGUUCCAGGCCGAUGCGUUCAGGAACGAGCUGGAGAUCCCUGGUCAGUAUGACGGCAGAUCCAAACCUUUACCGGAAUAUCAUGCCAAAAUAACGGGCUUUGACGAGAGGGUAAAGGUGAUGUCGUCCCUUCGCCGUCCGAAACGUCUGAUCAUCCGUGGGGACGACGAGCGUGACCACCCUUUCCUGGUCAAGGGCGGCGAGGACCUCCGUCAGGAUCAGCGUAUCGAGCAGCUUUUUGCCGUCAUGAAUAUUUUACUGAACCAAGACUCCGCCUGUGCUAACCGGGGCCUUCAACUCCGAACCUACCAAGUCAUCCCCAUAAAUACACGAAUUGGUCUGAUUGAGUGGAUGGAGAACACGUGCACCCUAAAGGAGUUUCUCUCAGCCACCAUGACUGACGAGGAGUCCCUCAGGGCAGCCAGGUCUGUUGACAUGUACAACAAGUGGCUGUCCACGUUUGCGCCGCCAAAAUCGGACGUCCACAUCACAAAACUUUACGUUCUGUCGUACAUCAAAGCAAAACGUGCUGACGCCAUCAAUAACUUUUCCAAAGUGUUGCAGUUUGUGCCUGGUGAUCUACUCAAGAGAGCUUUUCUAAAGAUGUGCAACAGUCCCGAGGCUUUUCUAUCCUUGCGCUCGCACUUCAUCAGCUCCCACGCUUUGCUGUGCGUCAGCCACUGGGUGCUCGGCAUCGGCGACCGCCAUCUCUCCAACUUCAUGAUCAACACGGAAACGGGAGGCAUGAUCGGCAUCGACUUUGGUCACGCCUUCGGGUCCGCCACGCAGUUCCUCCCCGUGCCCGAGCUCAUGCCUUUCCGGCUGACCAGACAGUUUUUGAAUCUGAUGCAACCCUUGAAGGAGUCGGGUCUGAUCCAGAGCGUCAUGGUACACUCCCUACGAGCGUACAGGAACGAGCCGGACUUGCUGCUCAACACCAUGGACGUCUUUGUCAAGGAACCAUCGCUGGACUGGAAGAACUUUGAGAUGAAACAGCUGAAGAAGGGCGGCACCUGGACGGAGAGCGUGGACACCAAAGAGAUCAACUGGUAUCCUCUGCAGAAGGUCAGCUUUGCCAGACGAAAGCUGGAGGGUGCAAAUCCGGCCACGAUAACCAGCGAGGAGCUGAAGCUGGGCUUUGAGAAGGACUCCGCCUUCCAGGGCUUGCAGUCGGUGGCUUUGGGGACGGCGGAUCACAACAUUCGUGCGGCGCUCCCGCCUGCCGGUCUCACGGUGGAGAAACAGGUGGACUGUCUGCUGGACCAGGCCACGGACCACAACGUGCUGGGCAGAGUCUGGGCCGGCUGGGAGCCCUGGUUCUGAUGGUACAGUAGGUCGCAAAAACACAUCAUCGUCAUCAUCAUCAUCAUCACACACGUUGGUUUGGAAUUUGAUGGAGUUUUAGGUUAGAAAUUCCGGAAUAAUUGCACUAUUUUGAUGGGAAUGUUGAAAUGCAUGUUAAUUAUGGUUAAGAAUAAAUGUUCAACAGUGAACAAUGGCGUCUCCGCUUACACAAUUCCCACUUCAUCAACUCGCGAGUCGGCGACGCUCGACUUUUUGUCAACUCGCGAGUCAGCGACACUCGACUUGAGUAUUCCUCAACUUGCGAGUCGGCGACGCUCGACUCUUCAAGUCGCGAGUUGGUGACGCUCGACUCUUCAUCAACUCGCUAGUCGGCGACG